GGAAUCCAGCCUUCACCAGCCUGUAAACUGACCAGCUUCUGCCGGUGUUGAUAAAUAGGGUCGCCAGUCCAAAGCUCCCCGGGUUUGUGCUCAUGAACGGCAGCAUGGCCGCGUCCUCGCACCGGAUAACGAUGGGCCCGCUGGUGGCCGCCAUCGACCAGGGCACCAGCUCCACCAGGUUCCUGGUGUUUAAUGCAAAAACGGCAGAGCUCCUCAGCCAUCAUCAGGUGGAAAUCCAACAGAGCUUCCCCAAAGAAGGAUGGGUGGAGGAAGACCCCAAAGAAAUUCUGCAGUCGGUGUACGAGUGCAUGGAGCGGACGUGCGAAAAACUCACCCAGCUCAACAUAGACAUCUCGAACAUUAAAGCCAUCGGAGUGACGAACCAAAGGGAGACCACGCUCGUUUGGGACAAAGAGACUGGGGAGCCUCUCUACAACGCAAUCGUUUGGCUGGACCUGCGGACUCAAUCGACUGUCGAACGCCUAAUUAACAAAACUCCAGGAAGGAAUAAGAACCACUUGAAGCAUAAAACGGGGCUCCCGAUCAGCACCUACUUCAGCGCGGUGAAACUUCGCUGGCUGAUGGACAACGUCGACGAGGUCCACGAAGCCGUCGUGUCUCACCGCGCCAUGUUCGGCACCGUGGACUCCUGGCUCAUUUGGUGUUUGACCGGGGGCAAGUCGGGAGGAGUCCACUGCACAGAUGUGACCAACGCCAGCAGAACCAUGCUGUUUAACAUUCACACUUUGGACUGGGACCCAGAACUUUGCAAAUAUUUUGGUAUCCCCAUGGAGAUCUUGCCCAAAGUGAGGAGUUCCUCAGAAAUCUACGGUCUCAUGAAAAUAUGUUCUAGCCGGAAAUCUGGAGCUCUUUCAGGUAUCCCCAUUUCAGGGUGUCUUGGGGAUCAGUCGGCGGCGCUUGUCGGACAGAUGUGCUUUCAGGACGGGCAGGCUAAAAACACGUAUGGAACUGGCUGCUUUCUCCUGCGAAACACAGGAGCCAAGCCCGUGAUGUCCGACCACGGCCUCCUGACCACCGUGGCGUACAAACUCGGUCGAGACCAACCUGCCUGUUACGCACUGGAGGGCUCCGUGGCCAUUGCCGGAGCUGUGGUCCGUUGGCUGAAGGACAACCUCGGGAUCAUCGGAUCAUCUGAAGAGCUCGAGAAGUUGGCCGCGUCGGUCGGUACGUCCUACGGCUGUUAUUUUGUUCCUGCGUUUUCAGGCCUUUACGCUCCGUACUGGGAGCCCAGUGCCAGGGGGAUAAUUUGCGGGUUAACUCAGUUUACUAAUAAGAGUCACGUCGCAUUCGCUGCACUGGAAGCUGUGUGUUUCCAGACGCGAGAGAUACUGGACGCCAUGAACCAGGACAGCGGCAUCCCGCUGACUCAGCUCCAGGUGGACGGAGGAAUGACGUCCAACAAGCUGCUGAUGCAGCUGCAGGCAGACAUCCUCUGCAUCCCCGUCGUGAAGCCGUCCAUGCCCGAGACCACAGCUCUGGGUGCAGCGAUGGCAGCGGGAGCGGCAGAGGGGGUGAGCGUGUGGAGUCUGAGCCCAGAGGACCUGAGUGAAGUCACCUCCGAGAAGUUCGAGCCUCAGAUCAACCCUGAAGAGAGCGAGUUUCGGUACGCGCGGUGGAAGAAGGCGGUUCAGAAAUCCAUGAACUGGGAGACGACGGAGCCCGUCGGUAAUGGAAACGGUGAGACCAGUAUCUUCUGCAGCAUCCCCCUGGGCUUGUACAUCAUGGGCAGCAUGCUGAUGUUAGUUGGUGCAAAAUACAUCGCAGGCCGCGACUAGACUCGGGGAGGAAAGCGGAGAACAAACGCUCUUCGUGCCGGACCGCCACUUGGCCUAUUUUGCUGCUGCUGCUGCUAAAUGUGAACUGAAACCAGGACAAUGAACUGACUAACGGGACUUUUUCUUCUUCUUCUCUGCAGCAUUAGAGAUAAAUUAUAGCAGGGGUGUGCAUGCAGUAUUUAUUUAUGUAGAAACUCAUCUGCGAUCUGCGUCGCGCGUCGUUCCGAACCCUCCACUACGAGCCACGGUGCACUUUAUGUUUUUGUUUGGUUUUGUCUCGCGGGAGCUGUGUACUAACUAAGAGUUUAAUAUAUAUUUUUUCUAACGGUUGGGAUUACGGCACAUCAUUUUAGCGUUAGUUGUUAAUUAAAAACAAGGAAAGGUUAAUGAACUGACUAGGUUUGUUUUUUGUUUUCUUUGGAGAAAGCCACAUUGUUGUUAAACUGUAAAAAAUAUGCGCCAUCCCUCGGUUAGACUCUUAACUGCUAAGAUCAUUAAUGAUUAAAAAAGUGAAGCGGCUGUUAGUAAGUGAUUUAACAAUCUAUUACGGUUUGUCGAUGUGAUUAUUUGUAUGAACCGCACAUGUUUUUCAGGCUAGUUAUCAACCUGAAAUGCACCAAAGGUUGUUUUUUUUUGCAUCUUCAAAGAUAACUGAAUAAGCUUUAUUGCAUUAAAAUGUUUGGCGACGGUUAAAACCCUCUUUUUAAACGACUACCUCUUUCAAAGAGGCAAUUAUGAAACCGUAGAAAGAAAUUGUUAAGCUACUCCCCUUUGCUGUAUAUUCACGGCGGUUUGAAGAGUUAAACCUCGAGGAACUAGAAGCCGGUUAACAAAGGUGUAUUUAUUCUGUUUGGAUGCCGAUUAGAUACCGGAAUGCGGAUGCGGUGUUUGCUUUGUACGUUCAUGCAGUUGUUUGUUGAACCCGAGGGAUGAAAUGACUACGUUAAAGUUCCAAGUGCUCUUUUGGGGUGUAACUGCAAUUUCCCAAUGGGUAUUUAUGAAUGGAAUGGAAACGGACAUAAAAUAAUGGCAAGUAUUAAAGCAAAGCGUGCUACCGAUAAGACCUCUAUAACUGUGACAUUUGGGGGGAGGAGUUGUUUUGUGUAAAACAAUGAUCUGUUUGGCUGCUCCCUCUGCAUGCCGUUCCCUUCCAGUUGCUCACAAAGGAUAUGAUGAAAUGAUAUAUAUAUAUAUAUAUAUAUAUAGGGUCCAGUUUGACAUGUCGUGGGUUU